UAUAGUUUUUAGGACUGGAAGAAAAUAAUUUGCUGAAAUGUCAGCUGGGAAUUCUUCCAGGAAAUCCCUGGAAAUGGAGAGCUUCCACACAAGAUUCAGUGCCUGGACACCGUUUAGCAACAAGUCAUUAAACAGACAGCUCUUUCUGGAAAGAGUUGCUCUUAUAAGUCAUUGGUUUGACCUCUGGACUAACAAACAACGUCAAGAAUUCUUAUUCACGAUAUUUGUACGAUGCACUAAAUCACAACUAAGGUUUGUCCAAGACCGGUUCCCAGGAAGAACACAAGUGGCCAAAGUGGAUUUCUCUACAGUGUUACCACGCUUCAUUUCUCUCUAUAUCUUUUCCUUUCUGAAUCCGAAAGAUUUAUGUGCAGCUGCACAAGUCAGCUGGCCCUGGAAGUUUUUAACUGAACAGGAUUGCUUAUGGAUGCCCAAGUGCAUCAAGUUUGGAUGGUUUCUGCCCUAUACGCCAACAGAUCAUGAGUACGGGGCUUGGAAGCACCAUUACUUGGCCUGUGUGUCCAACUUAGAUUGGCUGACACCGAGGGAAGCUGCUGCUAUUUAUGGGACCCUGAAUGAACCCAAAACAGCCGAUGAGGAGCUACAAGAGAGACAAAGAGAAAAAUGCCUCAGGAAAAUAAUUUGGGAGAAAAUUGCAUUACGUAAGAAGGAGUUACUCAGAGUUCGACCCCCUUGGGUGAGCGGAACAUGCUGCUCUAGAUUGGUAAAAUCCAAAUGCCAACCACGUCUCUCCCAGGCCGUGAGGGAUCGGCUGGGAUUACAUGAAGCUUUGGAGAAGCAGCUUGUUUUGGCAUCCUUAGAAGCUUUGCCUAAGAGAAGCAAUGUUUCUGGAAGCCAUUCCUAUCCUCUAUUAUCAAAGAAAAAUUGGCGUGGAGUUAAUAAAAAUGAUGACAGACCUUCAUAUGCUUUCCAGCCACACUUCAUAUUAAUAUCAUCUCGGAUCCCUGCCUAUGAGAUGGUGGUGAACAGUGUUAGAGCAGGUGUAAUUUCUGUGGUGUAUGAACACAGUGGCAUAACCUUGGAGAGCCUGCUUUAUCUCAUAGAAAAAGCUCUGGCUGGGCAGACGGCACAGAGUAUGGGAAUAUUUAGUGAUGGAGACAGCAGGGAAAUCAAUUUACUCCAAGGCUAUAAAAUUGGUAUUAAAAAUGUAUUGAGGCCUGAAGUGAGAGAUUUCUGGGAGAAAUUAGGAAGCUAUGUGGCCCCUGAAAAAGAAGGGGGUCACGUGGACCUCUUUGUACCACUUGGAGCAUCAGAGGCAGGAAUAGAAGUUCUUUCUCAGCUGUCGCAACUGACUGGCACAUUAUUUACUGCCCCCACUGGGAUUGCAACUGGCUCUUACCAACACAUUCUUAGUGACUGGCUGGGACAACGGCAGGAAAGGGGUCCCCCUUCCAUCUACUUCAGCGAAUCUAAGCUACAGACGUGGUCCAGCCUCACGGAUUUCCUGGAAGACACCUUGAAAUCAGUAAGGAAACAGUUAAGUCCUAUCUUCAGGGGGCUGCAGAAAACCAUCAGUGGCAGGAUGAUAGGACAGUUUAUGUUUGACACCAUGGGUAUGACUAACUUUCUGAAUAACCAAGAAAUUGCACAAACUCUGGCAGAGGGAUUGAUGGAGCUUUCAAAAGAAAAUACUGACAAACCUCUGGAAUUUUUGUCAUAUUUUCUGUGGACGAAAUGUGGUGAAAAGAGCAUGGACUUUGAAGAAAAUGAUAUUCUGACAAAACGUGACCUAAAGGCAACAUUCAGUUUAUUCAUGAAGGAAAGAAACAUUUUGGAAGACAAUCCUCAGGACAAAAAGUCAAGUCUCAGCGAAAAAAAUGAUCCAAAUUUUGAGGUGCUGGUUCAGCUGGAAAGAAAGCUCCAGAUGGACUCGGCUGCAAAGCGAACUAGAGUUGUCGGGGAACUUUUACAGAGUGAGAGGAAAUACGUGCAGAUGCUGGAAGUUGUGAGAGAUGUUUAUGCAAUGCCACUGAAAGCAGCACUGUCAUCAAACAGAGCAAUUCUGAGUGCUGCAAAUAUCCAGACCAUUUUCUCGGAUAUCCUGCGGAUUUUAGGUCUCAACAGGCAGUUUCUAGAUAACCUGAGAGACAGGCUGCAGGACUGGGGCCCAGCUCACUGUGUGGGAGAAAUAUUCAUCAAGUUUGGAAGCCAGUUGAACAUAUAUACCAAUUUCUUCAACAAUUACCCUGUUGUUCUGAAAACGAUUGAGAAGUGCAAAGAAAUGAUACCAGCAUUUCGCGCUUUCCUGAAGAGGCAUGAUAAGACCACUCUUACUAAAAUGCUGAGCCUGCAGGAGCUGCUCUUGUACCCAUCCCGAAGAUUUGAAGAAUACGUUAAUCUUCUCUAUGCUCUGAGGCUUCAUACUCCUGCAGAACAUGUUGACCGUGCGGACUUGACCACUGCAAUUGACCAAAUCAAAAAAUAUAAAGGUUUUAUAGAUCAGAUGAAGCAAAACAUUGGUAUGAAAGAUCAGCUGUUGGAUAUACAGAGAAUCAUCUGGGGGUGCCCUGCUCUAUCAGAAGCAAACAGAUAUCUGAUUACAGUCCAAGAUGUAGCCCAACUUCACUGCUGUGAUGAGGAACUAAGCUUCUCUUUAAGGUUCUAUGAACACACCCGUGAUCUGAGUCUUUUUCUCUUCAACGACGCACUGCUUGUUUCUGGUCGGGGCACAUCUCACACUCCGUUUGAAAGGACUUCAAAGUCAACCUACCAGUUCAUCGCAUCAGUGGCCCUGCCUAGAUUACUCGUAGAAGAUAUUCCAGAUUCCAAAUAUAUCAAGAAUGCAUUUAUUCUUCAAGGUCCAAAACGUCAAUGGACUUGUGCUACAGAAGCUGAGGAUGAUAAGUUCCUAUGGCUGUCAAUGCUCCAAAAUGCAAUACGCAGUGCCAUGCAGAAGUGAGGCUGGACUUGAAACAUCAGGGGUGCCAAUGCUCCCUGGCAAGGACAGACAACAUGUGUUUUCUGUUCCAGAGGAUUAUCUGUCAUGGAGGAUGUGAGGAGGAUGAACUGGGAUAACCAUUGUUUCUUAUCACCUUUUAAACUUUAUCAUCUAUAUUCAAUUAUGUCAAAUGUACCAUAAGAACAACUUGAGUCCAAGAUUUUGAGCCACCUUCUUUUGAUAGUUAUUUUUCAUUGACAGUAUUAUAUAUUAACUGACAAAACC